UCAAUUUUCCAAGGGCACAGAGAUGAGGAGGUUGUUUUGAUUAGAAGGUAAGUGGAAAAUGGUGGGAGACAUCGCCAAAAGAUGGAAGGAACUGAGCGGCACUAGUAAAUGGAAAGACCUGCUUGAUCCUCUUGACUUGGAUCUACGCCGCUACAUCUUACACUAUGGUGACAUGGCUGAGGUUGGGUACCUUGCCUUCAAUAGUGAUCGCCGGUCUAAAUAUGUAGGAGAUAGCUGCUACACCAAAGAAGAGCUCUUUGCUCGAACCGGCUACCUCAAAGCCAACCCUUUUAGGUACGAGGCGACCAAAUUCAUAUAUGGAACGUCGUCGAUAAGGUUACCAGAAUGUUUCAUAAUCAAGUCAUUGUCAAGGGAGGCAUUGUACAAAGAAUCUAACUGGUUGGGUUAUGUUGCGGUAGCUACAGACGAAGGCAAGAGGUUGCUAGGGAGGAGGGACAUUGUUGUAGCAUGGCGAGGAACAAUUCAGCUGUAUGAGUGGGCUAACGAUUUCGAUUUUCCACUUGAAACAGCCGAAACGGUUUUCCCUCAAGCAAACCCGAAUGACACACCUCGUAUAGCCAAUGGUUGGUUGUCUCUUUAUACAUCCACUGAUCAACGCUCACGUUUCGACAAGACAAGUGCACGAGAACAGGUUCAAGGAGAGCUCAACAGGUUACUAGAACUGUACAAAGAUGAAGAAGUAACCAUCACCAUAACAGGACAUAGCUUGGGCGCAGUUCUCUCAAUCCUAUCUGCGGCAGACUUUCUCUAUAACGAAUCCCUUAAGAUCAGACCAAGUCUUCAACACAGGCUUUCUUGUGUCACAGUUUUCGCUUUUGGUAGUCCCCGCAUAGGUGACCGCAGCUUCAAAAGACUCGUGGAGUCUCUCGAACACCUCCACAUCUUAAGAGUAACAAAUGUCCCUGAUCUCAUCCCGCAUUACCCAGUAUUCAGGUUCACAGAUGUGGGAGAGGACCUUCAGAUCAACACACUGAAAUCAGAGUACCUGAAACGGUCCUUAAACCUGGGACAUUUCCAUAACCUGGAGGCUUACUUACACGGAGUGGCAGGGACACAACACGAUCAAGGAGAAUUUAAACUAGAGAUUAACCGAGACAUCGCUUUGGUCAACAAGGGUUUAGAUGCUCUUGACGAUAAAUACUUAGUACCAGGACAUUGGUGGGUUCUGGAAAACAAAAGAAUGGUUCAAAGUGAUGACGGUACAUGGAAGCUCAACGGCGAUAGAGCAAACCUCGAAGAAGAAGAAGAAGAAGAAGACUGCAAAUUCCCAUGAAGAUAGCUACACUACAAUGUCAUUGAACCCAUUUGAAGCAGUAAACAAAGAAGAACAAAUGAUUGGUAAUUUAUUGCACACAAAUCUGAAUCAGCAAAUCUCAGUUUUUUUUUC